AUGAUGGAUGGUGAACGUUUACAAAGCGAGAUUAUGAGCCAGGGUGAUGCAGUCAGGAGAUUGAAAGGCGACCCGCAAGCGACAGAAGAGGAGAAAAAAUCGGCAAUAGAAAAAUUAAAACAACUAAAACUGGACUAUAAGACUGUUACUGGGAAAGAGUAUGAGCCUGCUGGCCAAACAAAGGAUAAAAAACAGAAACAAAAAAAUGAAAAGGAAAAGGCAGCUAAGACUUCUAAAAAUCAGGAAGUAAAGAAGCAAACGAAAUUGGGUAUUGAAGUGUCAAAGGAUGAAAAUUGUGCGGAGUGGUAUUCUCAGGUGUUAACGAAAUCUGAGAUGCUUGAAUAUUAUGAUGUGUCUGGAUGUUAUGUAUUACGUCCGUGGUCCUAUGCUAUUUGGGAAACUAUCCAAAGUUGGUUUGAUGCCGAAAUAAAAAAGCUUGGAGUUUCAAAUUGUUAUUUUCCAAUAUUUGUAUCGCAAAGUGCUCUUGAGCGUGAAAAAGCCCACAUUGCUGACUUUGCUCCUGAGGUGGCAUGGGUAACAAGGGCGGGGCAAUCGGAGAUGGCUGAACCAAUUGCUCUUCGUCCAACCAGUGAAACAGUAAUGUACCCCAGUUUUGCAAAGUGGAUUCAGUCUCACCGCGACCUUCCGCUUCGUGUUAAUCAGUGGUGUAAUAUUGUAAGGUGGGAGUUCAAGCAUCCAACGCCGUUUUUGAGAACUAGAGAGUUCUUAUGGCAGGAAGGCCACACUGCUUUUCAAACGAAGAAGGAAGCUGAAGAGGAAGUACUUCAAAUUUUAGAUUUAUAUGCAAAGGUCUACACUGACUUGCUGGCGAUUCCAGUAAUCAAAGGACGGAAGACAGAAAAAGAGAAGUUUGCCGGUGGAGACUACACUACUACAAUUGAAGCCUACAUACCCGUCAAUGGCCGAGGCAUACAGGCGGCUACUUCUCACCAUCUUGGUCAGAAUUUUUCGAAAAUGUUUGGAAUUUGUUACGAGGACCCAGACAGUGGGGGAAAAGCUUUUGUUUAUCAGAAUAGUUGGGGGCUCACUACGCGGACUAUUGGGACCAUGGUAAUCAUUCAUGGAGACGAUAAUGGUUUAGUGUUGCCGCCAAGAGUUGCUUCUAUUCAGGUCAUCGUGGUCCCUGUAGGAUUAACUGCACAGACCUCUGAAGAAGAGAGAAAUUUUUUGACAAAGAAGGUAGAAGAGGUCACUUCUGGGUUACUCGGUGUGAAUAUUCGGGCGAAAAGCGAUUUGCGGGAUAAUGUUUCACCGGGGUGGAAAUUCAAUCACUGGGAAUUGAAGGGUGUUCCAAUAAGAAUGGAACUAGGCCCACGGGAUAUGAAAAACAAGCAGGUAACUUGUGUUAUUAGACACUCAGGAGAGAAAAGGGCCAUUCCGUUAGCUGGUUUGUUUGAUGCUAUUCCGAAAAUUCUCGAUGAAAUCCAAAACAAAAUGUACAAAAAGGUGCUGGAGGCUCGUGACGAACAUUUGAAAAUGGCUAAAAGCUGGAGUGAGUUCAGAGAACUUUUGGAUAAGAAGAAUUUACUACUUUCUCCGUUCUGUGGCGAUAAGGAAUGUGAAGAGAAAAUUAAAGCAGAAAGUGCUCGGGAAGAUGUUACAGAAGUUGGAACUUCUGCUAUGGGUGCGAAAUCAUUAUGCAUUCCUUUUGAGCAGCCGGCCGAAAAGCUUCCUGAAAAAUGCAUUUAUCCGCAUUGCAAGAAUAAGCCGCAGUAUUUUGCUCUUUUUGGAAGAAGCUAUUGA